GCAAUGUUCGGCGGCGGACGUCGGGAAGUGUCCAAGCGGUGGAGGUGACGCUCUCGACACUCCCUCUAUGCACAGUCGCGCUGGCGGCAGCUCUGUCUGCUUCCUCCAACACAGCCGCCAUGGAAGGGUCCCCGCCGCCCGCUUCUGGUGAUACAGCUCAAGCCAUGCGAGAUCGCAUCGAGGCUCGGAACAAUGCCAGCCGAAAGCGCGCGUCUCAAGCACGGUUGUAUACUUCAACUCCCCCGACCACCACACCAGCGUCAUCCACACAACCAUUGGCACCGUCGCAUUCCAUCUCCAAGUGGAACCGCAGUCCCGCCGCUACCAGCGAUGUCCUUGAUUCUGUCACCCUCGACAAGUCGAAUCUUGCCAUGACGUCCGAACCUAACCUGCUUCUAUAGACUUUUCAUUUCCGUGGCCAGCGCGACAAACGUGGGAAAGCGAUCGUACAUGGAAGAUCGCGUCGCAGCUGUUACGUUCGACCAUCCCACAACUCUCGAGCCGUUGGCGUUCGUGGCGGUGUUCGACGGACAUGGCGGCACGCAUUGCGCCAACUUUCUUCAACAUGGCCUCCAUACACAUGUCAAGCACCACUUGGCUGCUCAUCGUCGGUCUUUCCAUGAUGCUCCUCACGAAUCCCUCGAGUCUGCAUUCCAAUUGGCGUGCCGAGACGCCGACAAUGCGUUUCUGGGCUCCCAUCUAGCAGACGACAGUGGAUCGUGCGCAGUAUUUGCCCUUGUUGGCAAAGACAAGUGGGUUGUGGGUAACGUCGGGGACUCCCAAGCCAUUCUGAGUCGUUACGGCCGCGCCAUCGACUUGUGCGUGGCGCACACCCCUCAACAUCCCGACGAACGCGCUCGGAUCUUGGCGGCAAACGGCCAGAUUGUCCAGGACAGAUAUAUCUUUGGAUACCUUGGCGUGUCGCGAUCGUUUGGCGAUCGGUUUGUCAAAGUCGAGCGGCCCGUCGUGAUCACUACACCCGACGUCGUGAGUGGAGGACACCGCCACAACCACCCAGGGGACGAGUUUUUGCUGCUGGCGUGCGAUGGCCUCUUUGAAGUGUUCACCCCACAGGAAGCAGUGGACUUUGUCACACACCACAAGACCGUCAACCAAAUGGCCCCCCAAGCAAUCUGCGACUUGCUCGUGCGUACCGCGAUUGAAAACGGAUCCCAGGACAACGUUAGCGUCGUGUUGGUGAUGCUUCAAUCCGCUUAAUGUCACGCAUCGCCGUCGUCACUUGUACCGGA